AUCAAGGUGUUUACUUUGAUAUGAUUAAUAGUAAGAAAUUGUCAUCCCUAGUUUCAAGACCGAUAACCAGAAUGUACUGGAACUGGAAGGAAGAAUAUGCAAAACUCCCUAAACCUUCUAGCCUAGAAGAAAAUCUUCAGGACCAAUGCUGGCCUCAAGUUCUUCGUUUUCCUGCUCCUCCUCCUCCUCCACUUGGCACUGGGGUCCGAGCAGCCAUGGAAGGCGCCCAAACUAACCACGUCAUCCCCUUUUCACCAUAUGUCGACAAUCCAACCCACUUGGACCCCCAAUCACACUUUUUUUUCCCCGGGAAACAUACCACUCGACGUGGAGCCUCAAAUAUCCUCACUUCUCCUUUCCCUUAAUAUGCUUUCACCCGCCCCACUACUACUUCUCACAGCUCACUCAACGGAAGUGCAACAGCUUACUCUACUCUCCAUCUUCUUUUUCUAAAGUUGCAAGCUUGAAGCUUGAGUUUCCCUAUCUUCUGUUUUUGUUUCUUAUAGAACCAAUUUCACAUCUCUCCCGAUAAAAUGGCCUUCACCUCGGCAGCCUUGCAAACAAUUUUCGCCAGCCCAGCCCUGGCCAGCCGAACCAGAACCACCUCCUACUCCUUCCCUCGUAUCGCCAGUGUACCGCGUCUAAGCAGAAAUGCCGUCAGGUGCAUGGCCUCCGGGGAUGAGAAAACAGAACAGAGCAGCGAACCCACUGUUGUACCGCCAACGACAUCUCAAAUCCCUACUACUCCCACUCCGUCCAAGCCGCAGGCGCCCAAGAAAAGCACCAAAUUCGGCGACGUGUUGGCGUUCAGCGGGCCGGCUCCCGAGAGGAUCAACGGCAGGCUGGCGAUGGUGGGAUUUGUGGCCGCCUUGGCGGUGGAGCUAUCCAGGGGACAAGGUGUGUUCACCCAGAUCUCAGAGGGAGGCUCCACCUGGUUCGUUGCCACCAGCGUGCUGUUCACUCUGGCGUCCUUGAUCCCUCUGUUCAAGGGGGUCACCGUGGAGUCGAAAUCGAAAGGCCUGAUGACCUCCGAUGCGGAGAUGUGGAACGGUAGAUUUGCCAUGCUGGGGUUGGUCGCCCUAGCCUUCACCGAGUACGUCAAGGGUGCGCCCUUUGUGUAAAUCGCCUCAUUUUUCUAGGUGUGUUGGUCAGUUGAACUGAAGCAUGUGUUUGUAUUAAUAAUUUUAUAUGCUACUAGAGUGGCCCCGGCCAGUUGGUCCGAGGAAGGUGAGGUAUGAAAUUUGAAAAUGUAAUGGGGUGUAUAACUUAUUGUUGUAUAGUUUUUUUUUAGUAGGAAAGAGACAUUAAUGAUCCUACAAAUCAAAAAUCGGUCUUAUAAACCAAAAUCAAUUACCUGUUACCUUGUGAAACAAUAUUGUUUCUAGUAUUAUGAUAAGGUGGAGUAAGUUUUAUAGAAACUGAAUUCCAGAAAAUCGAAUAAAAAAUCGCCUAUCCCGACGGUUUUCGGGAAAUGAGCAUCUCACAAUCGUUGCUAGCUUUUACUCGGCCCGUUGGCCGAUUAAUUUGGUUUAUAAAACUUUCAUCUUGUCGUCAUUGUGCUUUCUGUUUUUUUCAGGCCGUGAUAAAAUCUAAGGAAAUCAAGAACGAACAACACGUUUUGGGAUAGGAACCGUCGUUGUCGUAUCCCUAGAAAAUGGUGGUAGUUUGCUUCCACUGACUUACGUCGUGAACAUUUCUCCAACCCGGUGAUUUCGGACAGAACUAAAUUUCCCUUAAGAAAUGGACUUUUCUUUUUUUUUUUUUAAGUUAAAGAAUCCCGUGUUUUUUGGGUACGAAUGCCUUUUUCCGCAAUGAUUUGACCAAAUCAGAUUCAAUCUUUAAUGAAAGCGAUGUUUUGAG